AUGACCCCUGGACUCACCAAAGCCCACCAUCUGCUGAUUCCCGACUUCCAGCCUGAAUGUUCCACAGCCCUCACCAUCUUGCCUAAGAGAAAGGCUGAGGGGCAUUUUCAAGGAGAUAAAGCCAAGGUGAAGGAUGAACCACAGAGAAGAUCCACCAGGUUAUUGGCGAAACCUGUUCCUCCAAAGCAAGAGCCCAAGCCUAAAAAGGCCCCUGCAAAGAGGGAGAGAACAUACCCACAGAGAAAAUGGGGAAAGCCCGAUGCUGGCAAGGAUGGGAAUAACCCUGCAGAGAAUGAAGAUGCCAAAACAGACCAGGCACAGAAAGCUGAAGGUGGUGGAGAGCCCAAGGGAAGUGUGUGCAUGUUUGAUAACUUUGUAUUUCUGGUAACUGUACAGUUUGAAAUACUGUUUGUUACCAAGUUUUAUAAAAAUGCAGAAUUUUGUCUUACUUUUUUAAGCUAUAUUGUUAGCACUCAGAACACCAUUAUUGUUUCUGAAUGA